CUUCAUCAGAGGUAACAGUCUGGGAAGGAGGGAGACUAACCUAAAGAAAAAGCUGAAAGACUACAUCCAAAAACAGGAGGAAACUUACAGAGAAUCUUCAUCAAGGAGCUACAAUAAAAGAAUGGGCUCAUCUGGUGUACAGAUCGCGUGUACGGCGCUGGGAAUUUUAGGUCUCAUUGCAGCGGUUGUGACCAUCGCUGUUCCAAGAUGGAAGGUUUCUGCUUUUAUUGGCCAGAACAUCAUCACUGCACAGGUUCAGGAAGAGGGCUUGUGGAUGGAAUGUGUGACACAGAGUACCGGACAGCAGCAGUGUAAAGCCUACGACUCGCUGCUCAUCCUGGGCUCUGACCUCCAGGCGGCCCGUGCCAUGACCAUCAUCAGCUGCAUGUUCACUGUCCUGUCCCUGCUCACUCUGUGCGCUGCCGCCGACUUCACCACCUGCAUCCAAAACGAAGAAGUCAAGCCCAAAGUGAGACUUGUGUCCGCUAUAGGGAUGAUCAUCGCGGCCUUGUUGCUGAUCAUCCCCGUCAGCUGGGCUGCUCAUAAUGUUGUGCGCGACUUCAACAAUCCACUGGUAUCACAGUCUGUUAAGAGAGAGCUGGGUCCAUGUAUCUUCGUGGGCUGGGGAGGAGGAGUCCUGCUCCUGCUGGACGGAGGCUUGCUGUGCUGCUUCAGCAGACCCUGCUCCGGAGGAUCCAGUGGAACCACCAAAUACUACAGCAACAGCGCCCCUGCACCAAGCAAGAAUUACGUGUAGCUAAGCUAAGGAGUAGUAAUCACAGAAAUUGAAUUGGUAGUAUGUGAAAUAUGUCUAUGUUAGUCUUUGAUAGGCAAUGAGAAUCACAUAACCUAGAAGAGGUCCAGACCUGCAAAGAUAAAUAUUACUUGUUUACAGCUGCUGUCUUUAAGCUUUUUAAUGAGUUUCAUGUAGUUUACUGCUGCAAUUUCUCAGAGCAGCUAAUAAACAAUGCACUUAAUUAUUAAGAUUCAGGGAUGGGCUGAGCUUGUGUCCAAAAAACUUUCAGGUUAUUUUAUCUGGGCAUGUAAUUGUCAUUUCAGUAAUGUUACUGAAUAACUGAAUUCAUUAUUUU